AUGUAUUAUUGUAGUUUUAUAUAUACAUGAGUGGACAGUGCCAUCGGUCCUGGAAUUUAAUUAAAAAUCUCGCUCUAAACUCUUAUGGUCACAUAAAAGCUUUUGAGAGCUGAGAGAGAAUCGUGCAGAAAUACAGCAGUGAAGUCCGCAGGAGUUAUGUGAAGAAGAAAGAAGCACCCGCGAAUAGCCAAAAGUGCCUUUUUUUAAAGAAUUUAUUUUCGCGCCUUUUUUGCAAUUUUUUUGUUUGGGAAUAAAAACGUCUUCCGAAUAAUUUAAUAAAAAUUGAAGAGAGAAAAAAAAACGAAUUUUUGAGCUGAUAACGGAAGGAAAGCCAUCCGAUGUGGGUUGUGUAGAAUGUCCGGGCAUCCAGUGGGGCUGAGAUUCGCGCCAUUUGCACAGUCAGUCGCGGCAAAGGGAGCAGCAGCAGCAGGUGGUUGUGGUGGGGAGAAAAGCAUGCACAGUGGCCACACAAAGGGGAGACACUUGCAGAGUACCAAAGCCACCAAUACAACCAGCUUGUCCGGCAGUGAGACGGACAUUAGUACGUCCACGGAGAAUCUCUCAAUGGAGGAACGCUACGUGCUACGUCACACGGCUCGUGUUGAGCCACAGGGGCAGGAGAAUAUGCUGGAGAAUGUCCCCAUAGUUGCCAGUGAGAAUGCCAGAUUCUCCUCAAAUGCCUCCAUGGACUCCUCCACGAGGUACCCAUCGAGCAAUCGGAGUAUUUCCGAAACAAGGAACCCCAUCUACGUCCAACAGGCCACACAGCAGGUCCCAGGUGGACAGAAUGUGGCUGGGAAUGGGAGUGGAAGUGGUUCCAAUAGGAAUUCCCUCAAGCAGGAAACAAACUCAAAUCGUUCAUCAAUGGACGUGAGCACGUGCUCAUACAACACAAUCAUCAUCCACAACGACGACAGCCUGUACUCACUCAAUGGGCGCGACUACCCGAGCCCACCGCCGUCGUCAAUCAUCAAGAAGGAUCGCCCACGAUCGUACGGGGAGCAGGGAAUCCAGGAGAUCACGCAAAUCCCCGAUGAUUACCUCAAUCAGAGUCACGUGCUGAAGCACCUGGCCAAGGAGAUCAAGAUCCCCGUCAAUCGACGCAGCAAUACGCGCGAUUCGGGUGUUUCCGAGAACACCGACCCCAAGGAUCCGCCCAAGUACGUCAACUGGAGCGGGGCCACGGAGGACCCCACGAUGGCGGUGAGUAAGGUGAAGAGCAAGAGUCAGCCAGACCUCACGCGUCUCGCGGACAUUGAUCUGGAGACAAUUGAGGCGCUCAUGAAGGAGAAUUCACUCCUCAAGCAGCAACUCAACACGUGCUACAUGAAAGUAGCCAAAACUCAAAAGCUCGAGGAAGAAGUAGCGAAUAUUUAUCGCGUUCAUGAGGAGUUGGUUCAAUCGUGUGAACGUCGUGAGAAGCUUGAACGGGCGGCAAGGACGCGCCUCCAGACGGACCUUCAGCGUGUCCAGGAGCUCAAUAAAGCGCUCAAGGAUCAAGUUGAUAUUUUUCAGAGUCAACUUUUAGCACCGUCUGAGCAUCAAAUUCUCAUUGCUCAACUUUUUACGCAAAAUAAGGAAUUAACAGCAGCUAAGGAUCGGCAGGAGAUUGAAUUAGCUGCUCAGAGAGCGACUCUGCAGGAGCAGAGAAAUCACAUUGGGAUACUCGAUACAGCGCUCACGAAUACUCAGCAAAAUAUGCGAAGAUUGGAGGAUGAGUUAAGGAAGAAGCAGACCUACAUUGAACGCCUAACGCAGCUGCAUCAGCAGACGAAGCAGCAGCAACAGAAUGAGGAGCGAAGGAGAUUUGUUUAUGAGAAUGAGCUUAGUAAGGAUUCAAAUAGAAGCGGAAGUAGCACAAAUAGCGAAUCAAAAUGGCAAAUUCAGGAGAAGGCUAACCAAAUAGCUAGAUUGGAGAAUGAGCAGAGGCAACUCGAAGAGGCCCAACUGAGGCAGAAUGUAGCGAAGGCAAUGGAGAAGACAGCCCAGGAAACGGAUAGGAUUAUUGCGGAAGCAAAACACGACAAAAUGCGCUACUUGGAGGAAGUUCAUACAGCUCAGAGGCGUGUUAAUGACCUCCAGGCGCACCUAAAAGUCCUCGAAAGUCGCCUAGCUGAGAAAGAUGCCGUCCUACGUGUCCUACAAGGACCAAAAGCUUGCGUGGCCUCCUUUGACUCCUACAACCUUUCAACUGAUAGUUUUGCCAUGAGCCCCCUGACGUACAAUAGUCAGGGUUCCUUCAAUGUGUCCAACACAUCCUUCCACACAGCCACAAACACCUCCUCAAUCCUCGACACCUCCCCAUAUGGGGGGAAUUCAGCAUCAAACUUCUCCCCAACUCCCUCAAUUUCUGCCACUUACGGUGCUUCACCGGCAACGGCCACGGCCACCCCGUACGGUAGUCAAACCCCUACGCCAACGUACAAUCACCAGAGCGCAAUGAAUCUGCAAUCAAUGGGGAACUAUUCGCCAAAUUCAAGUUCAGCCUACAGCGGGGGGAAUUUCGAUGGGGGUCAUAGCUACGGGCAACCCGCGAGUACGUAUGAAUCCAGCUACGAUGCAACGCGCAACUCAAUGGAUGAUCACAUGAAGAAGCAACUGGAUGAGCAGCUGAGCAAGCGAGGUCUUUGCUGCUUUCCCAGUUUAACAACGAAGAAAAUCAAUAUUCAACCUCUACUCUCGGAUGAGGUUUCUGUUCUUUCCACCAACAACAGCGAUGCCUUCCUUCAGAAAUUAGCUCACAUUGAUCAGCGUGAGCGAGAGAGGCAAGAGAAGCAACAGGAUGUGGCGAAGAAUGAGGAGAUUGUGUUGCUGGAGAAGCAGGGGCGAUGCUCCCAGAAGAUUCGCAACAAUACAAUGGGGAACCUCGUGCAGGUGUCACAGAGUGUUGGGCAGAAUAUGACGGAUAUCAGCAAUAUUGGCGUCUCUUCGGCGUCAAAAGUCCCAAAAUUAGUGACAAAUCUCACGCAGAAUAUCCUCCCACCGCGAAAGGAGCGCGGAUCAUCCCUCCCACCAACAGCAAGUGCCCUUCCGCGUCCUCCGCGUGGCCUCAAACCCCCGCGGAAGAUUGAAUACGACCGUCUGAGUGAUUCAGAGCUGAAGAAGCGCUCCCAGACGCCACCGAAGCUCGCUCAGAGGGCAGCUGCGUAUGAUCUCAAGACGGGCAGCUUGAAGCGCACAGAGUACAGCCCCCGCAGGGAAUUCUCCCCGCAGAAGACCUACAUUGAAAUGAAGGACGCCAUGGUGUUCAAACACAAGGAUUACGGCUCAAUCCCACGUCCCACCUUCUCAAAACCCGACUUCACGUCCACACGGAACUACCAGCGCCUUGAGGAAGUCUCUCCAGCGCGGAAGGCCAGCCCUGCCGAUGGGACACUCAAGCGCUCCCUUCUGCCGUCUGUUGUGCGCAAACCCACUCCUGUGGGCAAAAGUUCCCGGGAUUCCCUCAAUUCGGCCUCCAGUGGCUCCAACAACUCCAACCAUUCAGCCACAAAUUCCCGCUCAAGCCCCAUUCAUGCCGAACAGCCCUACCAUCCGCUCCAUUAUCACGCUAAAACACCCCCAAAGUACAUCCCCCUCGGUGUGAGACCCCUAGCGCCACCUCCUGUGAAGCCACAACCACCCAUGAUGCAUCAUCCACCACCCCCAGCUGCUUCCUUGCCCCCCAAACCAGCAGAACGACGAGCAGGGAGUGUCACGCGGGGUGAAAAUCGCUACCGCAUCCAAUUCUGAGGGAGCGCUGAUUCUCUUUUUUUUGAAACAGUGUAGCAAAGAGCAGAUUAUUGUGCAAAAUAAAGGUCAUUUCAUUGACUUCUAUUCAA